CUCAGGAAUAAUACUUAGGGAGGCCAGGCGCAUUCGGAACUCCCGCAUGUGGGAGGGCUAGGGCGCCCAGACACCGCCUCCUCAUGAAUAAUGUAGGAUCCGGGCGGUGUCCCGGACCCGGAAGUGGAGUUGCCGAGUCACCGCAGUGGCUGAGCUGCUGACAGGAGGCGGCGGCGGAGGAGGAGGAGAGGCCAGACUUGCGGCUCCGUAGGGCCACAGCCGCGGUAGCGCUAGGCAAGCCCACGGAGCCACGCCGGCCUCAGCCCGCCCACGAACCUCUCGCUCACUGUCCACCCUUCUAUCCACCUGGCCGCCUGCCCGCCCGACUCAUCCGGGGCGGCCUAGUCUGCACCACCCGCCGGGCUCCUGGGGCCGCCGCCCCGCGCGGUCCCGUCGGCAUCCCUGGCCGCGCCCGGCCCCUGGCCAGCUCGCCCGCCGGCACCAUGAUGGAGGAGAUCGACCGGUUCCAGGUGCCCACCGCGCACUCGGAGAUGCAACCGCUGGACCCAGCCGCCGCCUCCAUCUCAGACGGAGACUGUGACGCCCGGGAGGGUGAGUCAGUAGCCAUGAAUUACAAACCAUCCCCGCUCCAAGUGAAGCUGGAGAAGCAGCGGGAGCUGGCCCGGAAGGGCUCUCUGAAGAAUGGCAGCAUGGGCAGCCCUGUCAACCAACAACCCAAGAAGAACAAUGUCAUGGCCCGGACGAGGCUGGUCGUCCCCAAUAAAGGCUACUCCUCGCUUGACCAGAGCCCAGAUGAGAAGCCACUGGUAGCUCUAGACACGGACAGCGAUGAUGACUUUGACAUGUCCAGAUACUCCUCAUCUGGCUACUCCUCUGCUGAGAUCAACCAAGAUUUGAACAUCCAGCUGCUGAAGGAUGGCUAUCGGUUAGAUGAGAUCCCCGACGACGAAGACCUAGACCUCAUCCCCCCCAAGUCCGUGAACCCCACCUGCAUGUGCUGCCAGGCCACAUCCUCUACCGCCUGCCACAUUCAGUAGCCGGCGGGGCCGCUGCGGCUGCAAGGGGAAGCGCCAACACGGGCCAGGUUGGACCAGGCAGGGGCUGAUCCCUCCCUAGCUCGUCCUCGUGCCCCUGGCCCUACACCCCUUACAGCCGCCAACCUCGUAACAGUCAUUGCUUCCUCCUAUGGUAGGACGUGUACCUCUGUGUGUUCAUGGAGCCGGAGAAACCAAAACCGGGUCUCUCUCUACCCCAGGGGCUGAAGAGGGGUGGGGGUUUCUUGUUCAGUUGCUUGAGGGACCUCCCCCAGCACCCUAUUCCCCUCUCUAAAGCCACAGUCUGGAGGUGGGGAGACCUGGAAGGCAGGGAGGCCAGCAGUAUGAGCUGGGAGAGGGAUCACAAAGCCAGGGCUUGACCCCACCUCAGCAAAGCCAUGAAUCCCCCAGACCCAGACUGACCAGCAAACAGGUUGGAAGAAAGAAAGACCCAAGGCAAUGGGGGUGGGUCCCAGAACCUGGGAGCCCUCUCUAUGUGACUCCUAUAAGCCAGUGUACCUUGUUGUGUUUUCCCUUCUUCUCUAGAUGGGAAGUCUGAUAAAGUUGUCCAAGGAGAUAUUGUCCCCCUCUCAUCAGAUCACUGCCUUCUUUUGCCUCUUCCUCCUAUUCACCCCUUUCCUUUUUCUCCAGGUGUGGUAUGACCUGUCCUCAUGCCCCUAACCAAUACAUUUAUCUCUCUGCCUUCCCUGUUCUCUUCACCAAUAACACUGGUCUCAGGUUGGAAGCAGGGUAAGGCUGGCCUCCAGUCCCCAUUCCCAACCCACCCCAGCCCAAGGUCUGAGAGUCUGGUUCCCAGUAAAACUCUUCAAGGAGCAAGCUUAGGAGGAUAUAGCAGCUGAGCAGCUGCAUGUACAUGGUAGGGAGCGCUUGGCAGAAUGUGUGUGUGCGCGCAUCUCAUGUAGGACCUGCCUCUCCAGGAUUCUGUUCCUGUCAUAUACGUAGUGUCCACAGUGGGGAAGUGACUGUGGUUUUUUUACAAUGUGGGAGCCUGCUCAACCAUGCAGUUGACUUGAGAUUCUGGCCUGGGUAUCAAAAGCCUGGGUUCUGACACUCUCUUCAUGUACUGUCUUACAGCAAGCCACAUGUUUUCUCUAGGCUUCAUUUUCCCCAAAUGAAAAAUAAAAAGCAGCUGCAAUUAUUCUUAAGGUUCCUUCACACCUGAAGGAAUUUUUUCAUAGGAAUUUCUGUGGAAGAGUAUGAGGAGAUUUCUGUGUGUCUUUGAGUGCACUCAGGGGGGCCUCCCUAAGUAUGUCUCUGCAGAAAGGGGAAGUAUAUGUGAAUCUGUUUGGAAAGAAGUGUGUAUGUGUGUGUGUGUGUGUGUGUGUGUGUGUGUGUGUGUGUGUGUGAGAGAGAGAGAGAGAGAGAGAGAUUGUGUAUGUGCAUGGAGGUGUUUAUUUUGUGUGUAACUGGGAUGUCUGGGGAUCAGAAUGUAUAUUGCUGCUUUUGCUGCUAUUACUGGGUUGGAGGCUGGGGGCAGGACAGCUGAGGAUGAAGAUCAAGAGAAAGGAGGUUGGGGCUGGGGAUGUCGCUCAGUGGUAGAGUGCUUGCCUAGCAGGCGUGAGGCCCUGGGUUUAAUCCUCAGCUCUGCCAAAAAAGAAAAAAAAGGAGAGAGAGUGACAGUGAGAGAGAGAGAGAGAGAGAGAGAGAAAAGGAGGGAGGGAGGGAGAAAGAAAGAGAGAAAGAAAGAAAAACGAGAGAAGGAGGUGAAUAGGGCUCUCCCUUGGGCUGGGCAAUAUGGACCUGCCCCCAUGCAAAGAAAAAUGAAAGCACAGAUGGCCUCAGACUGCUUGGACCUAUGCCCCACAAAUUUCCCACAGGUUCAAGGAAUACUUUUCCCUGUGCUCUUGUUCUGACAUCUGACACCCCACACAUGCUGGUGUAUCCACUGUCAUGGAUACCACUCACAUGCUGCCCUCUGGACAACAGUCCUGGGACGUGGGAACUGGAAGCGGCAGAUGGUGAAAGGAAAGAGUGAGGCUGCUGGCUUAGGAAGGGUAGCAACUCUCCCUGCAUCACACCCAGGUGCUGCCAGGUUCAAAGUGUUGGGGUACAACUCUAUGCUCUCCUCACCUCCAAUCUACCCUUAUGUCCUCUAGUUAUAUAAUGAGGAAAUGCCAAAGGGAGGACAGAAUAGGGAUUUGUAAGGCCCACAAAGCCCACUUGGCCCCCAUCUCAAGCUCUUCUCCCACCCUGAUCAGCAUCCCCACUCCCUGUCAUCUGGGAUCCAGAGCUAGGCCUCCCACUACCACCACCCUGGGCUCCUUGACUCACCUUUCUAGAACAUGGGUACCUCCUCUUUUAUAGACUGCUGCCUUUGCUGCUGACUUACUAUAUGACUCUGGCCCAUUGUUCAAUCUCUGUGGCCCUGAGGAAAGCUCCCUCCCCAAAGGACAUAUUACUUUUCUGGCAGGCAAGGACUUCCAACUGAGGCAGUGUACAUGUGGCAGGGAGAGAUAGGAAGCUGGCAGCCAGCAGCUUCUACAUCUAAGGAGAGUGCAUGGUUCCCUCCUUCCCUGUCUGGGAGGUUGAAGGGGAAGAACCAAGGCCUUAGCUUGCCCCUGCCUCCUGCCCCCUUGUAGAUACUGCCUUAACACUCCCCCUACCCUUGGCUGUGGCUUUCACCCAGCCAGGUUUCUCCGCGCUCACUAAUUUAUUUCCAGGAAGGUGUGUGGAAGACAUGAGCCGUGUAUAAUAUUUUUUUUUAACAUUUCCAUUGCAGUAUUGACCAUCAUCCUUGGUUGUGUAUCGUGUAACACAAAUAAUGAUAUUAAAAGCAUCAAACAA